UUUAUUGAAGCUUUUUGGAGAGUGGACAGAGUGGACUGCGCCAGACAAUUAUAAGCAGCAGAUCAAUCAAUCAGAUAUAAAUACUCAUUACACCCACCUCAUUCAUUCUUCCUUCCUACUCACUAUAUUCAUACUCUUUACACUACUAAUACUAAUUCACUAAAUUCUGCUUCUCCUCUUCACACCGCCGAUUCACCAGCUCCUUCAAUUCAAACCAAAAAUGGAGUUCUCUCCCGGAGGAAGGGGACUCAGCCUUCCUCUCAUGGCUUGUUUCGCCGCUGCUUUGUUUCUUCAGGUCUUCUUAAGUGUUUCUAAGGUGACAGCCCAGACGUCCAAUGGGGAAAGACAUUCUGAAGGAUAUUGUGCCAUGUAUGACAUUUGUGGACACCGCAGUGAUGGUAAAGUUCUGAAUUGCCCCUUUGGUUCCCCGUCUGUUAAGCCCGAUGAUCUGCUCUCAUCCAAGAUUCAAAGUUUGUGCCCGACUAUUACUGGAAAUGUCUGCUGUACAGAGGCUCAGUUUGACACUCUAAGAUCACAGGUCCAGCAAGUAAUCCCGUUUCUUGUAGGAUGUCCAGCAUGCUUGAGAAAUUUCUUGAAUCUAUUCUGUGAGCUUACAUGCUCUCCAAACCAGAGUCAGUUUAUAAAUGUGACAUCUGUUUUAAAAGUUAUGAACAAUUUCACUGUAAACGGGAUAGAUUAUGUUAUAACGGACACUUUUGGUGAGGGUUUAUAUGAAUCCUGCAAGGAAGUAAAGUUUGGCAGUAUGAAUACUAGAGCAAUUGAAUUCGUUGGUGCAGGUGCUAAAAAUUUUAGAGAAUGGUACACAUUUAUUGGUAGAAGAGCACCACCUGCUGCACCAGGAUCGCCAUAUGCAAUUAAUUUUAGAUCAACUCCUCCUGAUUCUUCUGGGAUGAAACCUAUGAAUGUUUCUACAUAUUCCUGUGGAGACACUUUACUAGGCUGUUCUUGUGGUGAUUGCCCUUCGUCUUCCGUAUGCUCAAAUGCAGCUCCUUCUCCAGCUCAAAAGAAAGGUUCCUGUUCAGUGAGUUUUGGGUCUCUCAAGGCAAGGUGUAUUGAAGUUGCUGUAGCUAUAAUUUAUGUGAUAUUGAUCUCCGUUUUUCUUGGAUGGGGUUUUCUUCAUAGCAGAAAAGAGAGGACUCCAGCUUCUAGAACAAAACCAUUGGUCAAUGCUCCUGAUGCUGGUGUUAUCCACCAGGUUAAUGGUAAAAAAGAUGAGAAUGUCCCAAUGCAGAUGCUCGAGGAUGUCCCCCAAAUAUCGAGCGGUGUUCAACUUUCACUUGUGCAAGGAUAUCUAUCAAAGUUUUAUAGGAAAUAUGGAACUUGGGUUGCUAGGAACCCAGCCCUGGUAUUGUGUUCAUCAUUGAUCAUUGUUCUGGUACUUUGCUUGGGUUUAUUCCGCUUUAGAGUUGAAACAAGGCCUGAGAAGCUAUGGGUUGGCCAUGGCAGUAGAGCCGCAGAAGAGAAGGAAUUUUUUGACAGCAACCUAGCACCUUUUUACAGAAUUGAGCAGCUCAUAAUAGCUGUAAAUCCUGACAUGAAGAAUGGGAAAUCACCCCCAAUUGUUACAGAAGACAACAUCAAGUUGCUUUUUGACAUACAAAGAAAGGUAGAUGCAAUCAAAGCUAAUUAUUCUGGAUCGGUUAUUUCUCUUAAUGAUAUUUGUAUGAAGCCACUUGGCAAGGAUUGUGCUACUCAAAGUAUUCUUCAGUAUUUCAAGAUGAAUCCUGCAAAUUUUGAUGAUUAUGGGGGUAUUGAUCACAUCCAGUAUUGUUUUGAGCACUAUACUUCAUCGGAACAGUGUAUGAGUGCCUUUAAAGCUCCCCUUGAUCCAAGCACUUCUCUUGGUGGCUUCUCUGGUAAAAAUUACUCUGAGGCUUCUGCAUUUAUCAUAACCUAUCCUGUGAAUAACGCAAUUGACAAAGAAAGCAAUGAAACUAAAAGGGCAGUUGCCUGGGAGAAGACUUUCAUCCAGUUACUUAAGGAUGAAAUCUUGCCAAUGGUGCAAGCAAAAAAUUUGACACUAGCAUUCUCAUCCGAAAGCUCUAUUGAAGAGGAACUGAAAAGAGAAAGCACUGCAGAUGCUAUAACUAUAUUGAUAAGCUAUCUUGUAAUGUUUGCAUACAUAUCGUUGGCUUUGGGAGACACUCCUCAAUUCUCUUCAUGCUAUAUAUCAUCUAAGGUUUUGCUCGGCCUUUCAGGAGUUGUGCUUGUCAUGCUCUCUGUUCUUGGAUCAGUUGGUUUCUUCAGUGCUUUGGGAGUAAAAUCAACACUCAUUAUAAUGGAAGUCAUCCCUUUCCUUGUUUUGGCGGUUGGGGUAGAUAAUAUGUGCAUAUUGGUACAUGCCGUUAAAAGACAGGCAGUUGAGUUGCCUCUAGAAGGACGAAUAAGUAAUGCUCUUGUAGAAGUUGGACCAUCUAUUACACUAGCUAGUCUAUCAGAGGUUUUGGCAUUUGCAGUUGGGAGUUUCAUUCCCAUGCCAGCUUGUCGUGUGUUUUCCAUGUUUGCUGCGUUGGCUGUUCUGUUGGACUUCCUUUUGCAAGUUACUGCUUUUGUUGCGUUGAUUGUGUACGAUUUUCUGAGAGCUGAAGAUAACAGGAUUGAUUGUAUUCCAUGUGUUAAAGUUUCUGGUUCAAAUUCUGACCCUGACAGAGGUAGUCAUCAAAGAAAACCUGGAUUGUUGGUUCGAUAUAUGAAGGAGAUUCAUGCACCGAUAUUAAGUCUGUUGGGAGUGAAAGUACUUGUCAUAUCCGUCUUUGCUGCGCUUGUGAUGAUGAGCAUUGCACUAUGUACGAGGAUUGAUCCUGGUCUAGAACAACAAAUUGUUCUUCCUCGUGAUUCGUAUCUCCAGGGUUACUUUAGUAAUAUCUCCGAGUAUCUCAGAAUUGGACCACCGCUGUACUUUGUUGUGAAAAACUAUAAUUACAGUUCAGAAUCAGGACAAACCAACCAGUUGUGCUCUAUCAGCCAUUGUAAUUCAGAUUCUCUUUUGAAUGAGAUAACAAGAGAAUCUUUAAAACCGGAGUCGAGUUACAUUGCUAAACCGGCUGCUUCUUGGCUCGAUGAUUUUCUAGUUUGGAUAUCUCCGGAAGCUUUUGGUUGCUGUCGGAAAUUUACAAAUGGGAGUUUUUGUCCUCCUGAUGACCAGCCUCCUUGCUCAUCCAGCGAAGGUUCCUCUGGCUUGACUGGCAUAUGCAAGGAUUGCACAACGUGUUUUCAUCACUCGGAUUUAGCCAAUGACCGUCCAACAACUGCGCAAUUCAAAGAGAAACUCCCAUGGUUCCUGAGUGCUUUACCUUCUAGUGAUUGUGCUAAAGGUGGUAAUGGGGCUUACACUAGCAACGUGGACCUUAAAGGCUAUGAGAAUGGUGUUAUUCAAGCAUCAGCGUUUCGUUCAUAUCACACCCCUCUUAACAAGCAAGUUGACUUUGUUAACUCAAUGAGGGCAGCCCGGGAUUUCAGUUCCAGAGUUUCUGAGACCUUGAAGAUGGAGGUCUUCCCAUAUGCUGUAUUUUAUAUGUUCUUUGAACAAUACCUGAACAUAUGGAAGACAGCACUAAUCAGCCUUGCCAUUGCUAUUGGUGCAGUCUUUCUUGUAUGCUUAAUCAUCACAUGCAGUUUUUGGACUUCGGCAAUCAUCUUACUUGUGUUGGCAAUGAUUGUUCUGGAUAUAAUGGGCGUAAUGGCGAUCCUGAAUAUCCAACUAAAUGCAGUCUCUGUUGUUAACCUUGUAAUGUCAGUGGGUAUUGCGGUGGAGUUUUGUGUGCACAUCACACAUGCUUUCUUGGUAGCCAGCGGAGACAGGAACCAACGCAUGAAGGAGGCGUUGACCACUAUGGGGGCUUCUGUAUUCAGUGGCAUCACACUUACUAAGCUAGUUGGGGUGCUUGUUCUUUGUUUCUCGAGGACAGAAGUUUUUGUGGUUUACUACUUCCAAAUGUACCUGGCUUUGGUUAUUCUUGGCUUUCUGCAUGGUCUAGUCCUUUUACCUGUAUUACUGAGCAUGUUCGGUCCGCCAUCAAGGUGCGUGCUUGUGGAGAAGCAAGAGAGUCACCCAUCUACAUCCUCGCAGAUCUAAUCGAUCGAGAACCAUGUAAGGCUAACUUUUGUAGGAUUCAGAGGCCUUGCUCCCUCCCCUUUGGAAGAGAAGCAAAAUCAGUCCAUUGGAAUACUGUUGAAAUGUAAAAUAUAACUUUAAAGGUUCAAUGAAAGGGGGGACUGGUAUACAAGUCAGUUCUUUUUCCUGUCUCUACUGUGUAAAACUGCAUAGGUAUGGUUACAGUCUUACAGAACAUUUUCUAAGAGUUGUAUAUAAUGUACUAUCCCUUACCUAUUUUACUUGCUUUUGGAAUGUCAAGAAAAUUUCAGCAAUCCA